AUGGCUCGCUUUACUUGCGCACAUAUUAAGAAAGAUAACACUAUUUGUGGAAAUAAGUGCUGUGACCCCACCGGUGGUUGUGGAUAUCAUACUGAUAAUGAUUCAGGGUAUUGCUUCUGCCACUCUGCUAAGAUUUAUUCGCACAAUUACUGGAUGAGGCAGAAACAUAAGUCCAAGGGACUUCAACCCGAAAUCCCUGAAGCUCCAAUUUCCGAGUCGUAUGAUCGUAGUGCUUUGAUCCAUGAAUACUUAUUUUCCGCUUCUUCACAACUAUUUGCGGAUUCGAUCCGGGUCGAAGUACUAGGUGAUAGGGUUGUAAUUAGAGGCUCAACUCCAGAGCCACCCAGAAUCUAUGAAGCUCCAGUUUCCAAGUCGGAUGAUGAGGAUGAUGAGGAUAUGGGUUUAGGUCUAUUUGGGGAUUAG